CACGCGGUCCAUCAGGAGCAGCAGCAGGAGCGUGUUUGCUGAUGCUGCUUCCAGCUCUGAAUUUCUUCGCCCUUCUGAAAUUUAAAAAAAAAAAAAAAAUCAAGCUCCUCGUUGCCGGACCGGGGAGUCUCUCCGUUCUCUUCGUCGUGGAUUCGAGGAUGCCCUCCCUAUCAGAACAGUUGCAGGAGGCACGCAGUCAGGCAGAAGUGUGUUUAUACUCUGGUGGCAGGGUGAUGGAAGUGCGGGCUGCUGUGUUGGAUAUGGCUAAUCUUCCUUUGCCGCCAUGCUCCAAAUACCACUACGUUUCAGCAGAAACUAUGGUGAUAGAAAACAGCUUUGGCAGUAACAGAAAAGAGACACUUGCAUCAUUGCAGCACUUAUCUACAGCUCUGAACAUCCUGGAAAAGUAUGGGUGUAACCUAACAAAUCCCAACCGACCGAAGUAUUGGAGAACUGUCAAGCACAACAAUCCAGUGUUCAGGGCCACGGUUGAUGCUAUCCAGGGAGGAAGGACAGUGCUUUGUCUCUAUGGUUAUUCCAAUCAGCAGGCAGAUGGGCUUAGCUUCCCUGAUGAUGUGACCGAUCCUGAUGUUGGUAGAGUUGCCGCAGUAACUUUGGAGGUGAUGAGUCUAAGGAUGGAGCUAGAAAUGCUCAUUAAGGAGACUCAUCCUCAUCCAGAAUUCUAUGAGAGGAUCAUUCCUACACUAAGACACAAGGAUGUGGGCCUGAACACAGAUGCUGUAGUUAGCCGUUCAUCUUCCAGCUCUAGUAAACAUCAUUCAGACAGUCAGUCCCAGUUGCUCACCUUCCCUCUCGACGACCAUUCCAUGAGGGAGAGCGGCCAUUGUUGCUCACUCUCCUCCGACCACCAAAGUCUCAAGCCUCUUCAAGUCAUGUUACCACCCUUCAAGAAACACCCAGAAAACUGCACUAUCUGUGGAAUAUUUCGCAUCACUGUCCACUGCCUGAGUUGCCUCCAAGGGAUGUGUUUGGAAUGUGAUAGACUGUACCAUUCUUACCCUGAAAGGGCCAAGCACCAUCGAACAGCUGUCACAUCCUCCGCCUCUUUCACUGCAACUUCUAAAAGCGGGAAUAAUAAAAGUUCUUCCACAUGGCAUUGCCUUCAUUGCACAAAAGUCAACUCAUCCCAAGAUAUGUUGUGUGAGGGUUGUGAGUGCCCUCACUAUGAAUCACUCAGCUCUGCUGGAGAUGAUUCUCCACCAGCUACCAUCACAGAGUGGCAGUGUAGGAGCUGUACAGUGGUCAAUGCACCCAGCAGCAUUCUGUGUGAGGUGUGUGAAAGACCUCGUUUGGCUACACGACCUCCAGUUACGCCUUCACGCCCUCCUAUCACCCCAGCCAGACCACCAGCACCUGUACUGGGGAUGCCGGGGGAUCCUGACAGCCAGUGGGUGUGUCAGUUCUGUACAUUUCUCAACUACUCACCUGCCACAGUGUGUGAGAUGUGUGACCUAGCCCGUCCAGAGCCCGCACCUUUGCCAUCAAAACUCCGCCCUCCUUUCCCAGUUCGACGAGUCCCUGCUCUACCAGUUAAACCAAAAGAACUGACCCAAGAAGACUCAAAUUCCUGUCGGCAGCAGCGAAUGAAGGAGGAUGGGCUGAAGCUAAUACAGCUGAUUCGAGAUGGGGAGAGGAAUGGCGUCAGCCCAGAAGAGGUGUACACAUGCAUGAAGGUCGCAAGAGAUACCAACAUUCUGCCUUGCAAAUGGUUGAAGUCAGAGCUGGCUCAGCAAUUGGACAAGAUCAGCCUGUUGUCAGCAAUGUUCUCCCAUCAGUCUAUCAGGUCUUGUGAGGCCUCCGCUGAGGAUUCUGGAAAAGUAAUUGCUGCGGUCCAGAUUUCCAGAGAAGAAGCCAAACAGGCCUGGCUGACAGCUGGAGGUGACUCUGAGAGGGCUGCCAGACAAGCCCUGCAUGACAGACUCACCAAAGUAACUAUGCUGUGCUCCUUGGGCUUUACUGACGAAGCUCAUUGUCAUGAGGUUUUGAGGCAAAGUGGGGGGGAGGUUAGAGGUGCACUUGCUUUUCUGCAGCGCCCCCUUCUGCAACCCUUCCAUGAACGUAUUUGGAGUGAUAAACCCGAGCCAACAGUUGACAUCCAUCAUCCUGACAAACAGCGUGUAUGUCGGAGGUUACUAGCUGUAUAUGAUCUACCCAGCUGGGGCCGCUGUGAGCUAGCACUCUCUCUCCUUCACGAGCACAAUGCCCCCUACUCUCUAGAGGAUGUAGUACAGGCUGUACGAGAGUCUCAUGACAGGGAGUUCAUCAAAAGAGUACUGGCUAAAGAAUGUCCAAUCUGCCUUUCUGUCUUUCCCCAUAGUAAGAUGCAGUCCCUGACAUCGUGCCAGUGUUCCGUGUGUUGUGAUUGUUUUCAGCAGCAUUUCACCAUCGCUAUCAGGGACAAACACAUCAGAGACAUGGUGUGUCCAGUCUGCUGGGAACCUGACAUCAAUGACCCUGAGGACCUCAACAGCUAUUUCUCCACCUUGGACAUCCAGAAUUGCUUCAACCCUGCCACAUUGUGCCAAACAACAAGGUGGUGUUUGCCAGUGUGGCUACGUUCGCUGAGAGAAUGUCUGGAACCCGAAGUAUAUGAGCUCUUUCAUAAGAAGCUGACAGAGCAGGCCCUGAUCAAGGACCCAAAGUUCCUUUGGUGCUGCCAUUGUUCGUAUGGAUUCAUCUAUGAUGGAGACCAGCUUAAAGUCACCUGUUUUCAAUGUCACAACAGUUUUUGUGCUCAGUGCAAAAAGCCAUGGGAAUCCCAGCACGCUGGUUUAUCCUGUGAACAAUACCAGUCCUGGAAAAGGGAAAAUGAUCCAGAGUAUCAGAAACAAGGCCUGGCUGGCUAUUUGCGAGACAAUGGCAUUACCUGUCCUAAUUGUCGGUUCCAGUAUGCACUGUCUAAAGGGGGCUGUAUGCACUUCUGCUGCUCUCAAUGUCGUUACCAGUUCUGCAGUGGUUGCAACAACCCAUUCCAUACGACCUGCGCUGUGGAUCAGUGUACUGUAUCUGGACUCCAUGCCCAUCACCCCAGGGACUGUCUAUUCUAUUUGAGAGACUGGGAACCUUCUAGACUUCAGGCAUUAUUGGAGAACAAUGGUGUUACAUACAAUACUGACCCCACUCCUGGAACACAGACAGGACUGUGUGGAGUGCUCGAGCAGAAGGAUGAUGGAGCCCAGCAGUCUGAUUCAGCUUGUGGAGCACUGACCCAAAUUGGACAUGCUGGACUCUGCGAAAAACAUUACAGAGAGUACCUGGUCAGUUUGAUCAACAGCUACUCCAUUGACCCAGCCCGACUCUACAGCUCCAAUGAACUGCUGCUGGCCUGCAGGAGGUACAAGGUUGAUGACACCCACAGGGAUGGAGAGGAUGGAUUCAGCUAUUACAGGAGACUGGUUGAGAAACUAAUGGAGGAAGUCCCACUGGGUGACAAGGUCCCACGCAAGAAAUAAGUGCCCAAGUUCGUCGUACUUACAUCCACUCAUGAAACAUUAUUUAAGGUUUUUAUAUGUUCUCAUCUCUGUUUUGUGCUAUUUAGUUAGCAGAACAAUGAAAGUGUCGUUUUCAUAUGACCUGAAAGGAUUUGUUUGUGUGCGGCAUUCUAUCUCCGCUUAUUUGAGAUUUUAUUUUUAUUUUUUACAAUAUAAUGAAUCGACAAUGAGAUGUAACUAAGCAGCUGAACUGUGUAUCUGUGAGCUAAAUCAUAAAUUACAAAAUUAACUGUGGUAAGAAAUUUUAAAAUAACGUGACCUUAAACAUGAUUUGUCAAAGAAAGUGAAUAAAUGUGCUUUGAUUCAAAGGUGAAUCAUCUGCAUUUCAUUAAACAUAAAAAAUAUGAGCCACAAACCGAUAUGAGCUUACUGUAAUUUUGUGAUUUUUUUUUUUUUUAUAUAUUUUUCCUCAUUUAGCUUCACCAAGGCAGAAACCUGUUGUCGGUGAAGGCCAAACUUAGAUUGUAGAUAAUCACAUACUGUAUAUAAUGUUGUCAUAUGGUACCAGGAAGGAGGACAAAAAUAUCUUCAUUGAAUAAAUUUAAAGCUAAAUAGUAAAUCAUUAGAGCAUUUGAGAAUAUAUACUACAUAAUAUACAGUGCGUCCUAUAAAUUUUCAUCCAUGGGAAAAAUAAACAGUUGUUAAUGAUAAUACCUCAAUAGGUUAUUAAAAAGGACAUUAAAAUAUUGUGUAUAGAAGAUUGGUAUUGCAGCAAAUAGUCAUAAAUUCUCUGGGGCAAUCUCACUAUUUAUGCAUGACCUUCAUUUUUAAUUACAUUGUCAGAUUAUGACAUUACACGCUGUGUAAAUGUUGACUAUGAAAUGUAGAAUGAAAUUAAUGAAACUAUGUUGCAUGCAGGUGCAUGUUUUCUUUUUAUGUGCCUUUGUUGUCAGAAUAAAUCUGCACAGAAUUUACUAUUUAUAUCCUAUAUUGUAUUAUUGGUCUAUUACU